GGGGAGCUGCAGGAACUGGCCCGGGCGCUGCGGGACUACGAGCGGCAGCACCGCGGCGCGGCCCUGGCCCUGUUCUGUGCUGCCUACCUGUACAAGCAGAGCUUCGCCAUCCCGGGCUCCAGCCUCCUGAACGUCCUGGCCGGCGCGCUCUUCGGGCCCUGGACCGGGCUGGUGCUGUGCUCGGUGCUGACCUCCCUGGGAGCCACCUGCUGCUUCCUGCUGUCCCGCCUCUUCGGGAAGCAGCUCCUCGUCUGCUACUUCCCCGAUAAGGUGGCUCUGCUGCAGAGGAAGGUAGAAGAGAACAGGAGCUCCUUGUUUUUCUUCUUGUUGUUCCUGAGGCUGUUCCCCAUGACACCAAACUGGUUUCUGAACCUCUCGGCUCCCAUUUUAAACAUCCCUCUGUCCCAGUUCUUCUUCUCCGUUCUCAUUGGUCUCACACCAUAUAAUUUCAUCUGUGUGCAGACAGGAGCCAUCCUGUCACAGAUCACCUCCCUGGAUGCCAUCUUCUCCUGGGGAACACUGCUCAAGCUUCUUGCCAUGGCUGUGGCAGCACUGAUACCAGGGGCUCUCAUCAAGAAAUACAGCAAGAAGCACUUGAAGCUGGAUGAAGACAAGCAAGCUCAGUUACUCAAUGGCAAGAAGAGCUUGUGA